CAGGGCCGGGCCGGGGCGCGUGCCCGUGUCCAGCGCUUUGUCCUGACUCCAGAGCUCAGCAGGUGGAGGAAGCCCUUCAAGCCGCGCAUCAAGCCGGAGAGGGCUGACCACACGAGGUUCCCGGACGACGAGCGGAUGAGAAGCAGACCACAGUUCGCGAAGUUCGCAUUGAUGGCAAAGGAGCGCUGUUGGGUCACCAGCCGCCAGCUGGAGGAGGCACGUCGCGAGAUCGUGCGGGUGUCGAGCCGCGGGGCCAAGGUGUACUUGCGAGUGUACCCGCACAACGCCAUCACUCAGAGGAUCGCAGACAGCCGCAGCGGUGCGAGCAAGGGGAAGUUUGAGUAUUGGGUGGCUGCGUUGAAGCCGAACGUCGUGAUCUUCGAGCUUGACGUGGAGUCAGAGGAGCUGGCGCGGGAAGCGUUGAAGGCUGGUAGCCGGAAGCUGCCCUUUAAGGUGGGCUUCAAGGUGCGUGAGGAAGGGCCCUCCUUGUUCGAGCUUGCUUGAAGCGGAGAAAAUCCUUGCACGCACAGCGCGUCCAAAGCGCGGCAAGGCC